AUGUGAAUUGUCUGGAUUCUGGAGCCCAUUCUCUCCCUACGCCUUCUCUUCGGCGCAAGCCUAGCGUGAAGCAGCUGCCUUCAACCUUCAAGACCCUGUUUCGGACAAUCGGAAUCGGAAGUUACUUAUAUUGGAACGAAAGAGAAGCUAUUAAUCGGCUCAGGGGCUAUUUAAUUGCAUCAAGAAUGUUAAUUUCCAGGGUUUCAAGAUUUGGGUCUUCAGUUGUUAAAGAGCUCUCCAGAAGGAGUUACCUAUCUUUGUCAACAACAAGAUAUAUACAAUGGCCUUACAAUCAAUUGAAGGGCUCCUGGUUUAUAUUGCCACCAGAAACAAAGGCUUCUCAGGCCAUAUUUCAAAUGAAUUGUGGUUUUUGUACCACAGCUUCAGCUAAUGCUUCUGAGGGAGGGAAUGAACAGAAAGAAACGAUAUCUGUGACUUUUGUUGACAAGGAUGGAGAAGAAAAACAGAUUAGGGUGCCUAUUGGAAUGUCAAUGUUGGAAGCUGCCCAUGAAAAUGAUAUAGAACUUGAAGGAGCAUGUGAAGGUUCACUUGCCUGUUCAACGUGUCAUGUAAUAUUGAUGGACAUGGAGUACUACAACAAAUUAGAGGACCCAACUGAUGAGGAGAAUGACAUGUUGGAUCUGGCUUUUGGGCUUACAGAAACGUCUCGAUUGGGAUGUCAAGUGAUUGCAAAACCUGAACUCGAUGGAAUUCGUUUAGCAAUUCCCCCUGCCACUCGAAACUUUGCUGUUGAUGGGUAUGUUCCAAAACCACACUAGGCCAAUAGAACCCCAGGAAUUGUUCCCCCAUAUACAAAGAGCAUUAUAUGCCAACCCAGUUUUGUUGCCUCUGUAUUUUAUCAGACCAGAUCAACAGGCAUCCGUUGUCCCUGAAUGAUUGCUUAUGUAUUAAUUAAUUCAAAGUAAUUUCCAAAUAAUCCCUUUAUAACAUUAAACUGAACAGUUGAUGUCAAAGGGAUGGUAUAGAAUAGUCCAAUUUUAUCAUGACCCUUGACAAUUUUUCUUGUUUUGGUGGACCAAAUUUUGCUUAAUAUAUGCAUGCUCAUUAG